CGUUAGUGAGAGAGAUGGACAAGGCUUCUAAGGCGAUCCGCAGGUCGGGCGUGCGCCUGAAGAGCAUGUCCGGUGGGCAUGGGGCGCUGCAGAUGGUGAUCUCCCAGCUGGGUGAGGUCCGAUCUUCACUCAAGGCACUCACUCAAGCACAAGCAACAGCCUCCGAAGACACAAUGCGCUGGGCAGCAGCACACGAGAACAGGGCCAUUGCCGAAACAUUCAGCCACCUUGCCGAGCUGUCUCUUGUGUGGACAGAUGUGCAGAGGGAUUUUGCAGAACGCCUGAAGGAAUACCGAUCCCAGUAUGAGCUCAUCCUGGAAGGGGAGAAGCACGUAACACUCGCAAGAGAGACCUUGGCCAGCCGGGAACAGCGAGAGGCCAAACUUCGCAAGGAAUUGAAAAAGGCAGGCAAGAAGGCUCCAGCAGAGGAAAUUCGGCUCUUGAGGGAAAAGCUGAGCCAGGCAGAGAGAUCAAGGGAUCUUUCGCAUCUGGAAGUGGUGGAACGUGUGGCAGAGAAUGAGGCAGUGAAGAUGAUCCGGGUGAAGGAGGGUUUGCUCAAGGUAGGAGCAGCAUACUGUGAACUCGCACAAAAAUGUCUAAUGAUCUUCACUGCACAUAUGAAUGUUGCAUCAGAGUUGCCAGAUGUGCAUGACCGAGACCUCCAUGAUGUUAAAUAUACAGGUGCAGGAGCCGCCAAAAAGUUUGUUCAGCAAGCUAAAGAACAGGUCCGUUCUUACAGGCAAGACAGUCUCUCUCACAAACCUCCUUUGCCAGAGGACCCUCCACCUCCAUAUACCCCUUCAGUGGAACACUUGAAUGACCUUUCUGCCAUCACUAAUCACAAUGGAACAAAUGACUCAUCUGGAUACAAUUUGAACAACUCGUCGCUGAACCCAUCUGCCCCUCGAGCCUCCAUUUCAUCUCUGAGUCCUCCCAAGCCAGAGCCCCGAAGCAGCGGUCACGGCAAAAGGACCCAGCCCACAGGACCAAGUGCCUCCAAUGCCAACUUUGAUCCUCCCCCACACUAUCCUCCUCCAGGCCAUGUGUACCCUGACCUCCAAGACUUCCCUGCAAUUGACAUCCCUAGCUCUCCCUCCCAUAUAAAUCCUCAACCGCCUACUGCACCAGUUCAUCCUACUUCUCCACACUCUACCAGUGCUCCCAACUUGGCCAAUGAUACCCCAACACACCACGGAGUCAAGUACCCUCCCCUCAAUGUUGGUGACAACUCAAGUUAUAAUGACACUUGCUACCAACCUGACACAUCUUCAUCAAGCCCUAACCUCUCCUCCCAUCGACAUACGAGCAUGACCAGCCCAGAGAACUCGAAUCCUUUCAACCCUUACUACGACUGGCUGCCAGACAAGAAUGGAAAGAAGAAAAGGGAAGAUGAGGAGACGUCAGGCUUCGAAACAUCUACUCCUCGAAGCACAAGUAAUGUCGAGGAAGGGCAAGAGAACCAAGAGUCCAGGCCUAAUCCUCCAUCAGUUCGGCCAAGAACAGGUAGAAACCCUUUCCUUGAAGAUUACUCUGAUGAUGAGGAUAAUAAUGACUGUGACCAGGGAGAGGAGAGUUUGUCGGGUGCCUUAAGAAAGUCAUCUAUUAGAUAAGUCUGGAGUAUAUGUCACUGGAGAAAUAGACAUACUUUAGGCAACUGAAAACAUGAAGCUGUAUAGAUGAAUUAGAUUAUGAAAAAUCCAGUAGUGCAGUAUGGAUAAGAGUGAUAGGGAAGGAAUUCCCCACUUAAUUUGUCUUUAUUGAUGAUAAACUCAUUUAUUCAGAUAAUAGGUGAAAUAAUUAUAAUAUCUUUUGGUUAUGUAUACAGUACAUUUAAACUAUCCAUUUUGUACAAGUCAAAAGAAUGAUAUACACAGUUGUUUUACAGCACAAUAUGAAUAUGUAUUCAGAUCUGAAAUAAUGAUUUCUUAUUUGAACAAGAAGUCUUGAUAUUUACGGUGUCUAAAAGUGUCUUACAAAUAACAGAAGAUGUACAUUACAUUUUAAUGUAUCUCUUGCUAUUUGUGCAUACAAGCUAGCUAUUGCCAUGUAUCACAGUGAACAAAUUGAUGAUUGACUUUAGAAUAAGGAAAGUAAAUACAGUGGUAUGAACAUAUAAUGUACAAUAACUAGGGCAUUGGGUAUUGUCCUGUUUUUUUUUCAACAGUGCACAAAUCUAGAGCACAAUAGGUAAUCCAUUGAGCACAUUAUUUCGUUGUAUGUUCCAGCAUUAUCUAAUCCAGAAUAAAAAUAGCUUUUGAAGUUGCUUUUAUGGGCAUAGAUAGACAUUCACUGCCAUGUAAUUUCUAUGAUAAACAAUGCCCAGUGGCUGCUGACUUUGCUACUUAGCUAUGCAUUGAUCUCCACUCUCAGGUACAAGAUUUUGUCAUCCCUGGCAUGUCAGGUCCUGUAGCUGUAGGAAUUGACCCCCCCCCCUCCAGGUGCUAAUGUGUCUCAAGUCAUUAAUUUUGUACCUGCUGUCUAAUGACUUGCUGAUCUCUGUUUUUAUUUUCUUAAUGAAUGAUAAUUUUUUUCUGAAUGAGAGAGGGCAGAAACAUUUGAAAAUGUGACAUGCAUCUUUUUUUCUUGUAGUGUUAGCUUUGCAGUUAUCUGCAGUUGAACCUUUUUAUCACUUUCUUUAUUUUUCUCUUGUAUGAGGCUUAAAAGUGAUAACCUUUAUGUAGGCAGGCAUGGUGUCUAAGUGGUUAGAGUGCUCAUCUCGUAAGGACCUCGUAAGGACUCCUAGUUAAUGAGAAGGCGACUCCCCCCCCUCAGGCAACUCGGCUGCCAAGAGAGAACAAGGUGGCUGCAUUUGGGUGUUGACCGAAGACAGGUUUUAUACGAGUUCAGACCUAAAUGGGCAGAGAUAGUGGUAUAUAAAUCAUUCUGCCUCAAGUUUUGAAACUUGCUUCUAGAUCUGCAUUUUUGUUUUUUUCCUAACCUUGUACUACUGUUGAUUUAGUUUAGUACUUGCCUUGACCUGCAAUGCCUGUUGCUAUAAGCCCAGUGAUGUGACUUAUUGAUGACUAACAAUUAAGAGAAAGGGCUUCAUAUAUAUCCUGUUUGUGUAUUUUAUGUGUGUGACCCUUGCUGAAGGGUGAGUGAUAGGAAUGUUCUUAUUUUCAGCAUUUUCUUACUGUUCCCAAACAAUGCAAUUUUUAAAAUGGAAGUAAUUAAUAUUAUGUUCUUGGUAAUGUGUUUUUUCAACAUCAGUCUAAUCUGCAAUAGCUCAUACAAAACCAAGAUUAACCAAUUUAACAUAAAAAAGGCAGA